AUGUGCGUGAUGGCAGUGUACCAACCUGGGAUGGAGCGGCCCGGGGAUGGAGAAGAUAUGCCCGGGAGGCUGUUGGCCAUGAGCUGGCAGCAAGCAGCAUUCGAUGCUGAAGACGGGACGGUGAAGCUGCUUCGCAGACUGGCCUCGUCGGAGACCCUGGUUCAUGAAGAGUUUGUGGAGGCCCUGAUACGGCUUCACGAGGAGAAGUUGGGAAUAUCUCAAGCCGAUCGUGACUUCGGCCUGCCACCAAUAGAAGAAUCCUGGAGUGACUACGAAUGGGGCGAUCAAGCCUGGGAAGAUGGCAGCUGGUGGUACUAUGAGGACGAGCUCAACAGUGAGAAGGCGAAGCAGCAGCUGAUCAUCCAGGAGCCGAUCCUGCCGAACGUGUCCGAGCGACCACCGGAUCUUCGCCGAGCCAUCGACGAGCUCACCAUUGCUGACAGCUUCAUCAUGGGCGUUCUUCGUGGAUGGCGAUUGCUGCAGGCGGCCGGGUUAACACCCGAAGAAAAACGAGACAUCCUCAGCACGUCUCGCAACAGCCUGGACUACGAGGUCAUUGCCCAGGCCUUGCAAGGACUGUGGGACGAACAGUUGUUGGGGAAUCGACAUGGUGGACCUGGCGGCCGCGACUACCAGUGCCACGCGAACUACCACGAGGAAAUGGAUACGUACUACUCGGAGGAACCGAACGACUGGUACCCGGAGGAGACUGGUUGGUGGGAUCACCAGGGCUAUGCCGCGGAGUGGGACGACGAGCCGUGGUGGACCACCCCCUACGAUGAUGCGUUCCCGACGACCAUGGAGGAGCCCAAUGAGAUUGAUGAUGAGAAGGUGAAGGAGGCCCAACAGGCCGAGAGAGUAGCCGAACAACUGGCCAUGGAAGCGAGACGCACAUGGUCAGAAGCUCAGAAGGCCACUCAAGCCCUGAAGCGAGAUCGAGGUUUCGGAGCCAUCAGUUCGAAUUCUGGUGGUGGCCGCUGCUUCAACUGCGGCGGGCCGCACUUUGCGCGAGAUUGUCCCAAGGGGAAGGGCAAGUCAAAAGGCAAAAAGGGCUUCAACGGCCACUACCUCGACGACAUGGACGGCUACUUCAUCGGCAAGGGCAAAGGCAAGGGAAAGUCCAAGGGCAAGUAUGGUCAGUGGCUGGAGGGCCAGGCUUCUUGGAUGAAAGGCAAGAACAAGGGCAAGGAACCCAGUCGGACUGUGAAUGCCUACAGUUCAGAUCUUUUCCUGGCAGGGCUUGAAGUGGCGCCCACCAUGGAUCUUUCUUCGAUGAGCGCAUCGCGCGCUGAUCCUCAAAUGGGGAUGCUGGAUAGUGGCGCAACUGCCUCGGCCGCGCCCGAGGCGGUCGUCAAAGGACUUGUGGAAGCAGUCCUCAGCCGCGACCGUGGAGCCCGCAUUGACCUGGAGCAAUACUCGAGACCUUACUUUCGUUUUGGCAAUGGUAAGUGGGGAAGAGCACUUGGUAGAACGACGAUCACAAGUAAUGUUUCAGGACAUCAACGACAGUUCUCCUUGUACACUCUACCGAACCCCACCGAGUACUACGCCAGUCAUUUCGACAAGUCGUCUCUUGUGCCUGUGUUAGUUGGCAUGGACUUCUUGGGACCCGAAGGCAUGGGGAUGGCAAUCGACUUUUCUACAGGUCCAGACUACUGCGUUUGCAUCAGCGAUCACAAUCUCUGCGUGCUCAACUCCUUGAUGCUGCAGCCUCGACUUCUCAAAUGUGUGGACCUACCGGGCCUAGUGGAUGCUGGUGACGAUGGCGAGCCUACAAUGGAAGAGGUUGAGGUUUUGGAUUCCAAUGGCGAUUCCCUCAACUUCUCGGAUGUCAACGAUGUGAUGCUCAAUGAGGCCGGACGUAUUACCUUGGAGACGAUGGCCCGAGAGGCUCGACUACGCCAGGUUUUCACCUUCCAGAACCUCCAGAUGAUCUUGAAUGAAUUCUUCAGCGUGGCUGCGCCUUCAGCUAAUGACAAUCAAAGGUGGCGCCAGGCUCCCUCCUUCAACGUUGCCCUUGGGGCAUAUUCUCACGGAGCAUUUGGCGGUAUCUGCAAGUACACCAACAAGCAUUUGGAGCUAGUGUGUUACAUCAAUGCCUUCAUCCGCCACCACCAACCGCUACACCAGUGGUCCAGUCUUAUGGUGGAGGACUUUGGGUCGGUGACGAAUCCCCAGAUGGUGGCAUUGCCCGACGGGUACGACUACCCAGUGGGAAGUAUCAGCCAG